AUGAAGAGUGUUUCCUUUGAUAAGCUCCUGGCCUUGAUGGUCGUCUUCUUGCUCUUCGGACUGUCUGUUGCCGAUCUCUGUUCGAAGGGAUCCAAGAUGAUGGAAGGCAACUCGUACUGCCAAGAGGUUAAGUCAGUUAAAUACCUUAAUGUUGGCAAGCAAGGUGGUGUCUACAAAGAAGUCAUUGGUAUGGAUGGAACUGGUACUUGUGAGACCCGGGCAAAGCACUUCGCUGGACAUCUGGCUCCUUUCAAUGAAGAGUUGUCUCUCCACCUUCGAGGACCAAUUGCUGUGAAGCAGUUUGCGGCCUACAUUCCAAAGGAUUCCAAGAAGGAGAAGCGAGGUUUUCCUGACUAUGCGCAUGUUCAUCUCCAGAACGCUGUCCGUCAUUCUCACAUCGCGAAGAGGGAUAUGGUCAUCGCGACUAUCGAUGGUCUAGUUCAGUCCUGGGAGAAUAACUGGUUCGGUCCUGACGCGACAAAUAUUCCUGCCACUACUCUGAUCACCACUGGAGUGAAGGUCGCCGGCGACGUUGACACUACUACGACCACCACUGCCCUCGCAACAACUACCGCUACCACGUGCACUGUUAGUGAAGUGAAAUCAAACAAGCAGUCCGUCCCAACCCUAGUCAAUACUCCUGCUGUAGCAGCUGCAGAUGACAAGAUCGACAACAGUGAUUCAAAAUCAAAGAACGCUUAUUCAAGAAUCUCGUACUAUGACUCUGCCUCGCAGACUGCUGAGAAUGUUGUUUUCCUCGGAAAUCAUGGUGGUCAAGGGUCUGGUGUCUUUGACUACACUUUCGGAGCCUCUCUGUCGUAUGUCAACCAUGAGGGAACAUCUGGCUCUCCUUCUGCUCAGAUUCUUGCCGAUACCGUCAUCCCAUCUGGGAAUGAGAUCGCUAUCAUGACUGGAGAGAAAUGUGACAAGCACAGCUGUGGCUACUCUCGUCCUGGCUCUGUUUCAUACCGUGGAUUUGAUGGUGCAGAUAAAGUCUUCUUCCUUGAAUUUGGCAUGCCCUAUGAUGGAAGGAAUGGCUUCGAAGGCGAUCAACCUGCUGUCUGGUUUUUGAACGCAAAGGUCCCACGUACUCAGCAAUACGGUGGCUGUUCUUGCUGGCCUUCUUGUGGCGAGAUCGACAUUGCCGAGUGCCUUUCCGUUGGCUCUCAUUACAUGAAGUCCACAAUCCAUGCCGAUGCCGCAGGAGGUGACUCAGAUUACUUCAAUCGGCCUGUCAUUGGAACCACAACCAUUGUAACUAUCUUCCGCAAGGAUGAGAUCUACAUUGGUGUUGUAGCAAAUGAGAAGUUUCCAGAAAACCUCAACGGUAGCGACAUUGAUAAGAUGAUCGAGUCGAACACCUGGAGCGAGUCCGAUUUCUCUAUUGCUUAA